UUCUGGAAAAUGGCCACCCCAGCACACUCCCUGGAACCCGAAGGCUGCAACAAGAAUCUGACAUAUCUUCCACCCCGCAGUUUUGGGAAAGUUUGCCCUUGGAGUGAUUUCUCCCAUUCCCUACUCUCCACUACAAAACCUUCUCAGACUUUGUCCCGCCUCCUCCUGCAUCCUCAGACACCAAGCUACAGGUUGCCAACUCUCAGACCAAUAAAAGUGUGCUUGUCCCACCUCUGACUUAUUUAUUAUAGAGCGGAGGAGCGGGAAGACCCGGGGUACCUGGAAAUGAGCCCUGGGGUUCUCCUCUGCUCCCGCCCAGCACUCCGCCCACUUCCCCCUCUCUCUCCCCCGGGCGAGGGUGGCCCUGCCCCUGCGUCUGGGAGGCUUAGCGGCUGGAGCACCGAUUCUUCCAUGCUCACUGCUUAACGCCCGCCGAGCAGGAAGUUCUGACGCCUGGAGCCAUGGAUAACUUUCACCUGAUUAAGAUCAUUGGGGAAGGCACCUUUGGGAAGGUGUACUUGGCUAAAGAUAAAUCAGAAAGCAGUCACUGUGUCAUAAAAGAAAUCAGUUUGACAAAGGAAAAAGAGGCCUCAAAGAACGAAGUGAUUCUUCUGGCUAGGAUGGAGCAUCCCAAUAUCGUAACCUUCUUCAGCUCGUUUCAAGAGAACGGCAGGCUGUUUAUUGUAAUGGAAUACUGUGAUGGAGGGGAUCUCAUGCAGAGGAUCCAGAGGCAGCGGGGAGUGAUGUUCAGCGAAGACCAGAUCCUGUGUUGGUUUGUACAGAUUUCUCUAGGACUGAAGCAUAUUCAUGACAGGAAGAUUUUACACAGGGACAUAAAAUCUCAGAAUAUUUUUCUUAGCAAGAAUGGAAUGGUUGCCAAGCUCGGGGACUUUGGAACAGCAAGAACACUGAAUGACUCCAUGGAACUUGCUCAAACAUGUGCUGGGACACCUUACUACCUGUCCCCAGAGAUCUGUCAGAACAGGCCAUACAACAAUAAAACGGACAUCUGGUCUCUUGGCUGUGUCUUAUAUGAGCUCUGCACACUCAAGCAUCCUUUUGAGAGCAACAACUUCCACCAUCUGGUUCUGAAGAUUUGUCAAGGACGUGUUGCUCCCAUAUCACCCCACUUCUCUCGUGACCUACAGUCCUUGAUACCUCAGCUCUUCAGAGUGUCUCCUCAGGACCGGCCAUCCGUUACGUCCCUUUUGAAAAGACCCUUUUUAGAAACUCUCAUUGCCCGAUCCUUGUAUCCUGAGGUCUGUUCAAGAAGAAUCCAGUCCCACGCUCACAUGGAGAACAUGGCCAUUGGCCCCACAGCUUGUUGGAGAGUUAGUCCAUGGUCUGCUGCCUACCUUCAGAGGAAAUUUGAAGCUCAGCAAUAUAAGUUAAAAGUGGAAAGACAAUUGGGUCUUCGUCCAUCUUCUGUGGAACCACAUCCAAACGAGGGAGAAAAGCUACAAAGUCAUUGGGAGGAGACUAAAUUCCAGGAGCUUCAAUACAGGAAGAACAAAAUGAAGGACCAGGAAUAUUGGAAACAGCUGGAAGAAAUCCGCCAACAGUACCACAACGACAUGAAGGAAAUUAAAAAGAAAAUGGGGAGAGAGCUGAAGGAGAGUGCAAACCUCAGUCAUAGAACCUAUUUGGUUAAGAGGAGUAACCUGUCCUCCCGCCCUGAUGCACCUGAGGAAGAAGUCUCCAAGCAGAGAGUGGUAAAGUUUGAAAUCAGCCUAGACAAGUGUAUUUCAGAGGAAGACACCGUCCAGGAGAAUGAGGCAGUGGAUAAACUAAAUGCUACUUUAAGCUUUGAAGAUGGCACGAAGUUUCAGGAGCACAGAUGUAAGGAGGAACAUGAAGACUAUACAGACAGAGCCUUUGAAGAACUCUGUGGCCCAGAAGCAGAGGGUUUCUUUCAGGAUGUCAUUGCCGCAGAGAACAGGAGGCAGUGGGAUGCCGGGGCACCUCACACUCUGCUGCGAAUAAUGGCAAUGGCAGAUGUCACCUCCACCUGCCCCACCAUGCCGGAUGAUGGCCAAGUGAUUGUGAUGGAAGGCAGUGUAGAGAAUGGGAAGCAGUGGUGGCUGGAUGUGCCAGGGACCCCGUGUGCUUUGGCAGCAGAGUGUGCCUGCAGUGGCUCAUUGUCUGCCAGUAAAGGAGAAACCGUAGCCCAUGAACCUGUCUGCAAAAUCAACCACAUUUUAGGACACAAGGCAAGUCUUGACAAAUUUGCAAAAGAAGUUCAAAUAACACCCUUCAUAUUAUCUAACCACAGAGGAAUAAAGACUGGACAUCAACAGUGAGAGAAACGACAGAAAGUUACACAAACUCAUGGAAGUAAAAGGACAUACAACUGAGUGGAAGGAAACUGGGUCACUGGAGGAGUCAGAAGGAAGUUUAACAAGUCCUAGUACUGAAUGAAGAUGGAAACAUGACAUACCUAAACCUGUGAGACACAAUGCCAGCAUUCGUAAGAGCAGAGGUUAUAGCACCAUGGGCCUAUGGAAGAUUCUUGGAAGAUUGACUGUGCCUGAUUGUCUUGGAAAAAUAAGAGCAAACAACACUGAAAAAAAAAAAAGAGUAGAUGGGAAGAGAAAAUAACAGGGCUCAAACUAGCAAGACAGAAGGAACAGCAACAAAGCAUAGGAAACUCAAUGUAAGGAAGAGUCAGUGCUUUGAAAAGCUGAGUUACUAAUACCAUUCACCUCUAAAACCUCGUGAGCUGGGACUCCAUAGUUCACUUUGCACUCAGUACUAUUGUCUUCCAAGCGCCUACUAGGAGGACCCAUUAAGCCCCACUUACAGUAUUCAACCACUUUCCUAGUCCAAAGUUCCAAAGUUUUCCAAAUUCCUCCAAGAAAUAGCAUGGGAGGGCCUGUCAUCUCAGUAGCCCACUCCUUGAUACCAAACUCAUACCUUAGUUACUUCCCUAUUGCUAUUCUUAGGCAGUUUUAUAAUGGAAAAGAGCAAGCACGGUAAAAAGAAAUACAAAAUGUACAGUUGGAAGCAGAAGAGAACACCAGGAAAUGUAAUGUUGGAGCCAUGGCUUGUGCCAAAAGAGAGGCCAGAAUGAAGGGAGUGAUAUUCUCAGGCUGGGACUCUACCCAGCUAAUCCUGCAACCUGUGAAAAGAAAAAGCCUAAGGAAUUUUUCUAUCCUAUAAAGAAACAACAAAAGCUAUAGAAAUCUAAUUCAAUUAGGGAGUCAUACCCCAUCCAAGCAGCCAACUGACCUUGAGGUCUUGUCACAGCAAUAGAAAAAGUAACUAAGACACCAGAGUAGAUCUUACACACAGCCCAGGCUGGCUGCAAACUCAUUUAACCUCCUGCCUCUGCUUCCCAAGUGCUGUGAUUCCUGGCAGACAUCACCAUGCCCACCCAGAUCAAGAACUUCUGAGAUAAGAAUGAGUACAGAGGGACUGGAGAAAUGGCUCAGUGGUUAAGAGCACUGGCUGCUCUU